AUGUCUCGUGUCAAAUAUGACGUAUAUGUGAGCAAGCGUGGUACUAUGGAGUUGUCUAAGAAGUUCAGGCGGCUUAAGAGGAUUGCCGCAAGGCACAAAGCAUUCACGCAGGCCGUGAUGAGAUUGACGCAUCUGCAUGAUGACGACAGCACGACACUCCAAGAUUCUUCGAGCUCGGACUCAAGUAGGCCUGAUGCAACAGCGCAUCGAUCAGAGAGUGCUAAUAUCGCAAAAUCGCAGCGGAUGGAAGAGGUGACGGCUACAAGCAGUGUACGGAAGCGAGCCAAACGACGACGCAAAUCGGACACAGCUUCACAUACCGCAUCAGACACCCAUCAGGAUACUUUCGAUACGUUAGGCAUCGACGGACGUAUAGUAGAAUGGCUGAAAACGAAGAACAUUCUAGUUAUGACGCGGGUGCAGAAAUUGGCCAUUCCCAAGUUCAUUAAAAGUGGUACGGAUGUGCUGGUGCAGUCCCACACCGGAUCGGGCAAAACACUCUGUUUCGUCGUGCCCAUCCUCGACAUGUUUAUGAAACGAUCGGCCGAUUUCCCCGACAGUGCAUUGAUCGCCAUUUUCGCCGUCAUCAUGCUGCCUACACGAGAACUGGCAACCCAAGUGCACUCCGUCGUAUCGGAUGCAAUCUCACACAUGGAACAAAACGUUGAAUGUAGCUUGGAUACAGGUGGCGUUCCGCUUUCGUGUCUUGUGCUCAUUGGUGGAUCGCCCGUGGAGCAUGACAUCAAAGCCAUCACGAAGCUGAAGACCGUUCGCGGUGCGCGACCGCUCGUCAUAGCGACACCCGGAAGGCUUCACCACCUGAUAGAUAUGCUGCAACAAGAAAUGAUGUGGACGUUCAAGGAUGUGACCGCGCUGGUGCUCGACGAGGCGGACCGGUUGCUGGAGAUGGGAUACCAGGCAGACAUGACGGCAAUAAUGGGCAACAUGCCCAAACAACGCAAGACUGGCUUCUUCUCCGCCACUUUACCCAAAGAGGUGUUGGAAUUCGCAAAAAUGAUUCUGAACAACUACCACUUUAUCAACGCCGAUGAUGGAGCUUCCAAUAAAAGGGUGGCUGCUCAUGGAGGUGAGGAGGCUCAAACAGGGUCGGAUAUGGGACAUGCCGAAGGUGCAGCUACGUAUGCAACGCCGGUGACGCUUAAGAAUUACUACCUCAUACUAGACCCAAGGGAAAAGUUGCACUUCGUAGUGCUAUUGCUGGAACAUCUCAGGAUGACUGGCGUCAGAAAGUGUGCCAUUUUCUUUCUAACGUGUGAUUUGGUGGACUACUUUUCACUCAUGAUUGAGAAGUGCCUGGCCGAUGGUGGUGAUCAAGCGAAAGAAGGCAUGCGAACGAUCCUUUACAAAAUUCAUCGCAAAAUGCCCACAGCUAGGCGCCAGCUAAACCUGGACGCCUUCCGUAAAAUGCUGGGCGCUGAUGGCAUGAAAAAUAAUUCGGAAGGAGGGCCCGAAUGUAUGGGUGCAGCUGCAAAGCCCGCUGGCAACACGCUGCAGGUGUUGCUUUGCACCGAUAUAUUCUCUAGGGGAAUAGACAUUCCUCAAAUAGAGUGGGUUAUACAGUAUGAUGCGCCACAAGACCCUAACUUCUACGUACACCGUAUCGGAAGAGUGUCACGUGCAGGGGCAUCUGGAAAUGCAAUACUGCUGUUGAACAACAGUGAAGAAGCCUACGUGCAGUUCCAAAUAAAUCGCAAAAUACCACUCACUCCACUACCGAGCAACGUACUAGAUGGUGCUACAAGCUACUACGAUAGGAUCUCUGGAACGGAACCGGCCUUGCCUCACCAUCUACACAGGGAAUGCACUACAGUCGCCCAUGGCAAGCCAUAUGUCGACUACCUGCAGGAAACAACACCCGAAAAACCGGCUCUUCCCUGGGAACAUACCUCCAAGAUGCUAUCGUACGUACGGGCACAACUCGCUGCAGACAGGGCGUUGCUACUAUCGGCAACAAAGGCAUUUGUGUCCUACACUCGGGCGUAUUCCGAACACAGACUAAAGAGCAUAUUCGAACAAAAGAACGUCGACUAUGGGGCACUUGCCACCUCCUUUGGCGUCCUUAAGGUUCCAAGGGUAAAGGAGAUACUAGGCAAACGAUUGCAAAACUUUGCCAAUAGCGAUAUCGAUGUUAACUCGGUGGCGUUCAAAAACGAGGAACAGGAGAAGGAUAGGCUAAAAAAACUUCAGCAACGGGAUAAGGAGACUAAACCCAGCUUACCGGUGAAGAAGACCGAGCCCAAGGCGAAAGUGCAGCGGACCAGGAGCGAGAAACGCGUCGUUAAGCGCGAAAAUGCGUUACGUGAGUGGGAAGAGCUCGCACGCGAAGAGUCACUCGCUAAGAAACUUAGAAAAGGCAAAAUAACUCAGGAACAGUAUGAAAAGCUUUUAAGCAAGCAGGCACAAAGUGACUCAGACGAAUCAGAUUCGUCCGACGAAUGCGACCAUCGGCCACAGGUCGCAGAAAGCGAUUCGGACUGGGAAACCGAACUUGACAACUUCGUCAGCGAGUGGAAAGAUAAGCCAAAGACAGCACGCAUAUGA